AGAAGCUUAUUUCGUUGCACAUGUGAAAGGCAACCAGUAUUAUUGUUAGCAUUUUAUUACAAAAUUAAAAACAAUUAUGGCUGAUACUAAGGAAAUAGUUGUUGAAGGCGUCGAGGCACUGACACUGAAUGGCAAAACCGAAGAGGCAAAAGAGGCGGGAGCAGCAACCACAACCGGUGCCGCCACGGAUGAUGAUGUGGUGGAUCCGUGGACUGUCACUAGUACCAACGAUGGUGGCGUCGACUACGAGAAGCUAAUAAAACGCUUCGGUUCAAGCAAAAUCGAUGAUGAGCUAAUCGCACGCUUUGAAAAAAUCACGGGCAAACCCGUACAUCACCUUAUCAAACGUGGCUUGUUCUUUUCACAUCGCGAUCUCCACAGCAUUCUAACUCUUAAGGAGCAGGGCAAAUCCUUCUAUUUGUAUACGGGACGGGGCCCAAGUUCCGGUUCGUUGCAUGUAGGCCACCUGGUGCCUUUCUUUAUAACAAAGUGGCUGCAGGAUACAUUCGAUGUGCCGCUGGUUAUUCAAUUGACUGACGAUGAGAAAGUAUUGUGGAAGGAUCUUAAAAUCGAAGACGCCAUCAAAAUGGGACGCGAAAACGCGAAGGAUAUUGUAGCCCUCGGUUUUGAUGUGAAUAAAACAUUUAUAUUCAACAAUUUGGAGUUUAUGGGUAAAUGUCCGGCCAUGUACCAGAACAUUAUACGCAUACAGAGAUGCGUAACUUUCAACCAGGUGAAGGGCAUUUUCGGUUUUGGUGAUUCGGAUAUUAUUGGCAAAAUUGGCUUCCCAGCAGCCCAGGCAGCACCCGCUCUGUCCAGCACGUUUCCGUUUAUCUUUGGCAAUAGAAAGACGGCUUGUCUUAUACCCUGUGCCAUUGAUCAGGAUCCCUAUUUCCGUAUGACACGCGAUGUGGCACCUCGUUUGGGUUUCCCCAAGUGUGCGCUGCUCCAUUCCACCUUCUUUCCGGCUCUGCAGGGUGCCAAGACAAAGAUGUCGGCCAGUGAUCAGAAUUCAGCUGUCUUUCUAACCGAUACUCCCAAACAGAUCAAGAACAAGAUAAAUAAAUAUGCCUUCUCUGGCGGACGUACGACAGUAGAAGAGCAUCGCGAAUUUGGUGGUAACCCAGAGGUUGAUGUCGCCUAUCAACUACUUCGAUUCUUCCUCGAAGACGAUGCCAAGUUGGAGGAAGUACGCGUAGCCUACACAAAGGGAGAAAUGUUGACUGGCGAAAUCAAGAAACUGGCCGUCGAGACCCUUACACCGAUUGUGGAACAGCAUCAGGCUGCCCGUAAAUUGAUCACCGACGAAAUGCUGGAUAAAUACUAUGAAAUUCGUCCACUGAAAUUUGGCAGUUAGAACUAUUUGACGCAAACUCUUAUUUCCUAAAGCAGGUACUUUAUAAUUGGACAUCAUUUCUGUAGUAAAUCUAUCUAUGCGAUAUUGAAUAUAUCGAUUCAAUCUUUUUGGCAAUACUCGGCACAAUUCCGAUUAUAAAGUAACUACCAUUAUGUAUAAAUGGAACAAGUCAAGCUUGAAGCUUCGAUGAACUCGCUAUAUGUAAAUUUAAAUAUUUAUUUUUUUUACCAUGCAAAAAUGUACAAUUUUGUUUACUAUCACAGGCUGCAAAAAAAUAAAUGUUUUGGCUUCAAUUUUCAA